AAUUGUUCUGACAGACACAUAUUUUGAAAAUAAAUAAAUCUAAAACUUUAUAAUGCUUGUUUCAUAAGUGAAUGAGUUUUAUAUUUUUCCGCAAAAGUUAUGUUUUGUCAAUAAUAUAAUUUACAAGAAAUGUGUAUAUAUAUAAAAAUACUUUAUUAAAAUGGUUGUAUUUCAAUGGCGGUUUCAAUGGCGAGGACUAUAUCGUAGAAUAAAGGAAUAUACAACUUGGAAAAUAUCCCAAGUUGUGUUGACUUACUACACUCUCACAUUCAACACGCAUAUGGACAAGAGUUAUAUGAUCGAUUGCCUUUUGGAACCACUGUUUUGGUUUGUGGAUAACUUUGCUGGAAGCUUAGGAAGGAUUUUCGUAUUCUGUGUAACUGUAUUAACGACAGCUGUAGUAACUAUUGCAUACUGGGUUGGAUUGCCGUAUUGGUGGCAAAAAAAUCAGUAUAUAACAAUAUUUUUGGUUGUUUUCGGCAACUGGCUACUACUCAAUAUUGUCUUUCAUUACUACAUGGGUGUGUCAACUUCUCCAGGAUAUCCACCUCACGGUUCGAUGAUAUCAGAAGCGGCAAGUAUUUGCAAGAAAUGUAUUUCUCCAAAGCCACCCCGCACACAUCAUUGCUCUGUAUGUGAUCGAUGCGUACUUGCAAUGGAUCACCAUUGUCCCUGGCUUAACAAUUGUGUGGGGUACUUUAAUGUGCGUUACUUUUACCUCUACAUGGCUUAUAUGGUGGCUGGAGUUGCUUUUGUCAUAAUAGCUGGAUUGGAUCUGGGGUAUCAAGUUCUUUGGGUUAAUGAUACAGGUGGGUUAACACAGGAACAUGAUCCAGACCUUAUUGGACAUCCAGUUCGUAUGAACCAAAGUGGUGUACUUGUACCAGUCCAGGUGAUUGCAGAGUAUGAUUCGGAGAACUCGCCUCGAGAACAUGAUCUUCCUACACCUGUUAUAACUGAGGCACAGAGAAUAACUGCACAUCCAUGGAAAAAAAAAGCUAUUGUUUUCAUGGCAAUAACAUGUUUCUCAGUACUAUUUGCUCUUGGGAUGUUAAUUGUAAUGCAUGGAAAAAAUAUCAGUAGGGGCGAAACAAGUGUGGAGGUUCAUAUUAAUAAGACACUGAAAAAAAUUUAUAAAAACCAAUUCAGGAAUCCAUAUAACUUUGGGAGAAAGAAAAACUGGAAAUUAUUUCUUGGUUUGACCCAGGGAAGGACAUUCUUAAGGAAUGUUUUAUUUCCAUCAAGGCACCCACCAUCGGGUAAUGGAAUCACAUGGCAUACAAUUCAUGAUACAAUUGAAGAUUGGCCAUAAAUAUUUUAAAUAGUUUUACUUCUUUAAAUAUUGACAACUUAGUACUUUGUGAAUAUACUUAAUUAUAUUAAUAUUUAAAAUUAAAUUAAAUGUAGGAAAGGGUAAGAGCACUCAAUAGUAUUAUGUGGGCUCAUAUUGUAUUGCACAAUUGUUUAUUGUAUUUAGGAAAAAAAUCUGUUGCAAUUAAGAACAAGUUGGCAUCAAUAGCAUUAUAUAAUAAAUAGGUACUUACCAAAAAACUUUCAAUUGUAUAAUUUUUAUAAACUUUUUAUUAUCCUUCUAUUAUGUCGUCAAGUGCCAAGUUUACUUACAAACUUACUUACUUUCAAUAUUUAUCUAACAAACUCAGGAAAAAGAUUAAUAUGAAUAAAAUAUUGGACAGACAUAUGUUGUAUACAGUUUAAAAAAAAUCAUUAUCGGCUGCUGAAAUAUCCUACGCUUAAAAUAAUAAAAUAUAGUUGUUAUAAACUUAAGUAUAUAUAUAUAGUUGUUAUAUUACUUAAAUAUAAAAUUCAUAUGUGUAUUUAUUUUUGUUAUUAAGCUAAUCGGUAUAUGUACCUAUAUUAUCAACACGUUUAUCUAA